AGGCAUCCAUCUGUUUUUCCUGACGGUACUGACGUGACAGCUGAUUAUCUGAUUGAUGCUAUGGUUUAUGGGAUUGAUGAUGUCAUGAGCAGACAAUUACUAGAAGUACUGACGCCUGGACAGUCACUGGUUAAUUUGAAUUGGCAACAUUCAUCUGAGGAUGACUCCAUUGUCCGAUGUUACUCCAGUUCACCACUAGAGCUGAUGGCAUUCACACUAGGACGUUCAACUCCUGGCAUUGAGAACUCCUGUCCAUUGCCACCAAUUGUUAUCAACGAGAUAAAUGUAGACCAAGCUGGUACGGAUGUAGAAGAGUAUAUUGAGUUGUAUAGUCCUGGUAGACCUCUGUUUCCAUUGAACACCUUGGCUAUA